AUGGCCACCUCAAAGGGUCUCCCGCGCGACACGUUCGCAAAGCUCUCGCCUCACCCUUUCCUUCUCGCAAACCUCCAGCCGCCCGCUCCCGCCAACGCCGCGAGAAGCAACGGCCGCGCCCCCGACGAAGCCCGCAUCCCCAACGUCAACACCUCUAGCCUGACCCACGCCAAUGGUAGCGCCGUCGUCCGCACGGGCGACACGACCGUCAUCUGCGGCGUGCGCGCCGAGACCAUUCUCGCCGCCGACAUCCCCAACUUCCGCACUGCCGCGAACCUCGACGAGACCAAGCCCGGCUCGGAGCUGAAAGACUACGACCUGCUCGUCCCCAACAUCGAGCUCGCCACCGGCUGCGCGCCUCAGUUUCUGCCCGGCGUCCCCCCCACGACGCUCGCACAAACUCUUAGCACGAGAGUGUACUCGUUGCUGCACUCCUCCAAGCUCGUCGACCCCGAGGAUCUGAGAAUAUGGUACACUCGCCCCGCCGAGAGUGCUGAGGCGGAGGAUGACGACGAUGACGACAAGAUGGACGGCGACGCCGAGAAGAGCGGCGAGGGCGAGAAGGCCGUGAUGGCAUACUGGGUCCUCUACAUCGACAUCUUCUUCAUCUCCUUUGACGGCAACCCCUUCGACGUCGCCUGGACCGCCAUCCUCGCCGCUCUGCGUGACACAACCAUUCCCAUUGCCCGCUGGGACCCCGAUCGCGAGAUGGUCAUCUGCUCGCGCGACGAGCCCAAGCCCUUGACGCUGCACGGCUUCCCCGUCGCCUGCACAGCCGGCGUCUUCGCAGAAAAGGAGACGACGGACCGUCCCUCGGCCGGCAAGUUCUGGACGCUUGUCGACCUCGACACGCUGGAGGAGAGUCUCUGCGACGAGCAGAUCACAGCGGUGGUAGACCGCAGCGGAGGAGACACCAAGGUGCUGUCGAUAUCGAAGCACGGGGGCACAGUGCUGCAGCCGCAGCUCAUACGGGAGUUCGUGGGCGUUGCGGAGCGGAGAUGGGAGCAGGUUUGGAAGGCCAUGGCAUGA